ACCCCCAAUCUCUUAUUUCACAGCAAAACUUUCAUCAAAAACACAGAAGAAGCAAUCCAACAAUGGCUUCUACUUCAGCUGUUUCAAUGGCUCUUCCAUUAACCGGUGCCAUCCAAAAGAAGGUGCUCGGAUCCGGGGCUUUGUUUAAGCCGCUGCCGGUGAAGCUAUCGAGGGCUAUGGCGACGAAUAGGCGAUCCAAUGGAAAGCUCCAAGUCAAGGCUUCCUCUUCUUCUUUCAGGGAGAAGGUGGUCACUGGAUUGACAGCUGCUUCUCUGACGACAUCCAUGGUGAUCCCCGAGGUGGCUCAAGCUGCCGACGGUGUUACCCCAUCGCUCAAGAACUUCUUGCUUAGCAUCGCGGCUGGCGGUGUUGUGGCUGUUGCCAUUAUUGGAGCCGUCAUCGGUGUGUCCAACUUCGACCCCGUCAAGCGGAGCUGAGCUUUUCUGAGAUGCUGUGAUUCCCCCCCCCCCUUUUCGCGACAUGUUUAUGUAUCUGUUUGAUAUGUUUUCAGUUAUGAAUUUCCUUCUUUCUGUGUGCUUUGUGAAA